AUGCGAGUCAAUCAGGACGAGAAAGAGUUCUCUGAGUGCCUUUUCAAGGUCGGGGAAGGUCGUCCAGAAUCAGGACAAGAAGAUGAGGAUGAUGGCUACCAUGAACAAUUGAUAAUCGUCGACAACUCAUUGGUCCAAGAGACCAAGGAUGAGUCAUUAAAACAAGUUGUCGAUGCUGCGUAUGGUGAUGUCAACAAAAUAAAGGCCUCCCAAAGUUCCUACACUGAUAAAGCUAUACUUACACCCCGAAAUGAUACGGUUGAUGAAAUCAAUGCAUAUACAAUCUCCAAAACCGACGGGGAGUCAAGAGACUACUACAGUUACGAUAGCUUUGAGGUUUCGGAAACUCAAUCUAAUCAAAAUGAUACAUUAUACGCGAUUGAGUAUCUCAAUUCCAUGAAGUUUCCAGGAUUUCCAUCUCAUAAACUCACUCUCAAAGUUGGGGCCCCGAUUAUGCUUAUGCGAAACAUAAAUCAGAAAAAGGAUUAUGUAAUGGUACCCGUAUGA